AUGGCCAGUGCGUCCCGCAAUCCCAACCCUCUGGGUCAUGGAACAGUCCAACAGGACACUGGUUCUGGUUGGACGCCACGCUUCAUCGAUAAUGCGUACAAGUCUAUGACAGAUUCAAGAAGAGCCCAAAAUCAUCGCGACGAUGUGCCAGCCCAGGGUCCUCUUACUGAUGCCAGGAUGUACGCAAGUCUCAACCCUACUCCUUGUAGUGGUGGUGGCAACGGCACGUUCCCUCCAACAUCCCCUUCAACAUUCCAAGUCUGUGGUAUUGCGAAAGACAAACUGUCAAAGAGAAACGAGGGAUAUCCCAGUGGAGUGACUGUCCAUCUGGAAACCCCGCUGCGAACCAAUCCUCACAGUUUUCCCGCUCUCUCCCCCAACUACUGCAAUGCAACACCUCUUUCUACAAUUCUGGAGCAAGGUUCGGCAGCAGAGCUCAAACACCUUUCGUAUUCAAGAAGCGGCGGCCAAAGCUCUGACCUUCGAACUGCAGAGAAUAUAUCGCCUACAUAUGCGAAGACCCACGGUGUUCAGCGACUUAGACAGGAGACAAGCAGCGAGCAUAACCAGCCGCCAAGGACGUUAAUCCAGGCAGGAGAAACAUGCUCUGGCGAAUCUUAUUCACUGGAUGCAGUUGCCGGAUCAUCUUCAUUUGCGAACCGUUGCCAGCCUGGCAUGUUGCAAUUUUCCGCAACUACGCAGAAGUCAGAUGAGGGCUUGGUGCAUGAGACUGUACAGCACAUCAAGCAUAACCCAACUUCUUUUAUUUCCCCAUCCUUAUCAGCCGAGCCUCGGUCUCAUGCAAGGAGUCGUAAUAGCUGCCUUGCGAAGGUGAAGCCUUUGACCUCUGAAAUGAAUGUUACACAACCCUCCGAAUCCCAAAACAUAAGUGCAUGCUCUAUUACUCGCUCGCUUUCGUUUUCCGACCUAUCCGAUUCCAAGUAUGGUGGGACGACAGGGGACAUGUACGCUGUACCUCCAAACUCAUGUGGUGCAUGGCUAGAGCAUGAUCUCGCUAAAACCACAACGCUUGUACAAGGCAAUACAGAGCUGCGUUCACCCAAUCUAUUGGAAGCGCCGCCAAGGUGUAUUGACGAUCAUAGUCAGCGCAUCAGCCAAAAUCCGAGUUUUUGUAGUACUGCUUCAACAUCAUACUCUGCAACUGUCCUAGGAAUUGACCUAGACAUUGGAUAUGAACGACAGCAAAGAGCACGCUGCACAGAUUCGCCAAUAUGGUUUACUCCUAUCGAAAACAUUGGGAAGAGCUCUCACGUCAAGUUUGAGAGAAAAGACAUUUUGGAAGAGGAAAAGCCAGAAAAUGGCCACUCAAUCACAUCUGUUGCUCUUUCAGCUCUCCUACCUAUAGCCGCAGCAGAGGGCAUUGUACGCGCUAAUCUCCAGACUCCGCGGAUUUCCUUCCACUCACCCUCCGGAAAUCUGAUAUUGGAGGAAAACAUUACUACGUCGUUACCGCGUCGUUGGAUACAUUCAAAAUCGUAUCAGCGCAACUAUUCUCUUUCUCGUCUCGGUAUCCCGGGAAGGUCAAGGGCCUGGAAUGCUCUUGCGACCGCGGCAACCGAUGAUUAUCUACAAGCGCCUACGCCUAUGCCGAUAGCUACUCCCUCGCAGAUGAUCGCCUCACUACCUCAUCAUCUUCGUUGCGAAAACAAUGAGAAUCGAGCACAGCUACCGCGCGAUCCCGACGUCGAAACUGCGAUGCAGUCCGCAUUUACUCGUACUCGCAUCAAUUCGAAGUUGGCCAAUUGUGGAGAUGUAAUUGUCGGUACUGGUCCCGAUGAUCACUGCCGGAUAGGCACUACCAGAGAUAUUGAAAACCAUGAGAGCUCUGUGUUGCCCCGUUCUAGAAGUGAGGCGAGCAGAUCUCGAUCGCUCAAAUUCCCAAUUUGGCAUACAACUCAAAAAGGGAGAACUCCCCAAAAGCGAAGACCCCCCAAACGUGCCGGAAGUGGCUUGGGUUUGGUCGCUGGGCAUUUGAUGCGAGUCUGCUUCUGUCAGCCAUACGAUGGAGUUGAAGCAAAAAGCAAGAAAACGGCAACACGCGGAAGUUUGGGCGAUCAAUACCGUAACAAGAAAUUGAAACGAGCUCCAUGUGAGUCACAAACGCCAAAUACGAGGAUCGUCGAUGCUACCCUUGAGAAAUGA